AAUUUGACAGCUGGCAAGUGGGAGCACUUUAUUCUAAACACCUUAACCACCCGACCAAAACAAAAGUGGCUGCGCUUGCGGUGUUGUUGCGUAAAGAAACAACUAUUUUUCGACCGCUUCUCUGUUGCUACCGGCAAUAAAAUCAUGAGUUCUCUUCGGCGUGAGGCCUUGCGGUGGUACAAGAUACUGCAGCGCACGAAAAAUGAGGUCUUUGCCGGGGAUUUCCGAACCAUCACGGCCGCCAGACAACGCAUCCGGGAAGAGUACAUCAAGAACAAAGACCUAACGGACGAAAAAGAAAUCCAAGAGAAAAUUAAAAUUGCGAAGGAUGUCGAUGUCGAGUUGCGCAGUUCGGUCGUGCAGGCCGUGCGAAAGAAUCCAACCGUGUUUGAGGCACGGAUCACUCCCGACACGAGAAAGUUGGACAACGUCAUGUUCGAUCCGGAGGCCGAGCUGCCGCCGCCCCGCAGCAAGAAGUGUAAUGAUAAGAAAUAGUCAAACGUCUUCCAACCGUAGCAAAAGCAAGCUGUUUGUAAAUAGUUAGAGUAGUUUGUGGGGCUUCUGCGUCCCCAAAGUCCAAUAUUCAGGAGCAUUUCUAAAAUCGCCCUCCCAGCGUAUUCACUCAGCCACAACCGGUGACCGAUUGUAUCGGCAAAGAGUACUCGCGCAGUUGGCGCAGUGGAAGUAAUCGAGGGGGAUGACUAACGUUUACUUUCCGAAAACGCAAUAUGAAGAACAGCUUGAGUUGUUGUGAUGAUGCCGAAGAAAAAUUCUAUCUUUAUUUAUUUUUUAGUGAAUUCGAGUACCGCUAGCAAGAUGUUUUGUGCAGACAUAUCCUUCAUAAACAACCUCGUUGUUCGUUAUCUAAAUGAAAGCUGUAAUUGGUGUGCAUUAUUAUGCAAUCAGAAUAUAAAGCACUGUUGAAAUCAUGCA